GUUCUCCUCCCCUUGCUUAAAUGUUUUCUUUGGGUUGUCACUGGCAUUGAGAGUAACUGGUCGAAGCUCCUUUGCUCAUUAACUCUUUUACUCGGUUCAACAGAAGCUGGGCUGAGUUCGCUAAGGGAAUAUUUAUUGACGUUUAUGAAUUGAUUCUUUGCACAUAACAGCAUGUUGGAGAUGCUCGAGUACAGUCAUUACCAGGUACAGUCUCACCUGGAAAACCCCACUAAGUACCACCUCCAGCAGACCCAGCGGCACCAGGUGAAGCAUUACCUGUCCAGCACGCUGGGGGCCAAACUCAGCCCACAGGCCAGCAACGGGCCGUGCCCUAGCCAGCCCCCGGAGCACGGCAUGCCCCCCGGCCCAGGAGUCAGCGCCCCUAACAGCCCUAUGGCCUUGCUCACCCUCACCUCCAACUGCGAGAAAGAGAUGGACGACGUAAUUGAAGACAUUAUCAGCUUGGAGUCCAGUUAUAACGAUGAUAUCCUUGGGCUCAUGGAUACAGGACUUCAAAUGGCAAAUACGAUCCCUGUUUCCACAAAUCUACUGGACAUAUACAGUAAUCACACUCUUCCUCCAGCUGGGGUGACCAUUGGAAACUCCUGCCAAUCUAACUUAGCCAACGUGAAAAGGGAAUUUUCAGCUCCUGGCAUGAUGCACUUGGACCAACCUGGACCAUGUGGCAAGUUUGACUCUUAUGAGAGGCCCGAAGGCCUUCCAGUAGAAGCAGAGGUCAGAGCUUUGGCGAAGGAGAGACAAAAGAAGGACAACCACAACCUGAUUGAACGAAGACGACGCUUCAACAUAAAUGACAGAAUUAAGGAACUCGGGACAUUAAUUCCCAAGUCCAAUGAUCCGGACAUGAGGUGGAAUAAGGGGACCAUUCUGAAGGCCUCGGUGGACUACAUCAGGAAGCUGCAGAGAGAGCAGCAGAGGGCUAAAGAGCUGGAGAGCAGGCAGAAGAGACUGGAGCACGCCAACAGACACCUCCUGCUCCGCAUUCAGGAGCUGGAAAUGCAGGCCCGUGCUCACGGCCUGACUGUGGGGAGCUCCACGGCGCUCUGCUCCACCGAGCUGGUGGCCCGCGCGAUCAAGCAAGAGCCCGGCCUGGGCAACUGCUCGUCCGACCUGUACGCCCACACACACCUGCCCAGCCCGGACCUGACCCGCACCACCACCCUGGACCUCAACAACGGGACCAUCAGCUACAACGACAGUCCAACAGAGGAGCCAGACGGCGGGCUCUAUAGCAGCCACGACAAAGCCUCCGGCAAGCUGGAGGACAUGUUUAUGGAUAACGCUCUCUCUCCGAUGGGCUCCAGCAACCCCCUGCUCUCCUCCGGCUCCCCCACGCAUUCCAACAGCAGCAGCAGGCGCAGCAGCAGCAGCACGGAGGAGCAGGACAAGGGCUGUUAGCACUGUGAACGAACGCAAAUGAACCAAAGCUGUUAUCUGUACGGCUGUUGCUGUGACGCAGAGCACGGCCCGUGUUGCAGGAUGACUGCGCCAGCUACGCUGAAGUACUGUAUAAAAGGAGUCUCUGAUCUCCUAACGACCUCUUAGGACUGAGAACACUUUCCUUCACAUUUUAUAUGCUCUGUUUUCAUUUUCACAGCUUUCUGUUGUGUGUUCAGUCAUGAUCCGACGUUUUAGUGACACUACAAGACAGCAAAGCAAGAAGAACCUCAGGCAAUGACACCUCAACCCUCUUUAAAAAUAAACGGUUCCUAGAUGGUUCUUGGCUUGGACAUACAGUUCUAGGUAAACACUUUAACGGGUAUUAAACCUGUACGUUUUUUUUUACAUGAUAAUAUUUUUUCAUUUACAAAAAGGUUCCCUUAAAGAACCGUCAGUUUGGAGGCUCUUUAGGGAAGCAAAUGUGGUUCUUGUAUGACCUUUUUGGCACCUUGUGUUUUUAAAAGAGGUACCUAUGUUGUACCUAUGUCACUUUGCUUAUUAAUAGCAUAUUGGGUUUAUAAUCUCAAUCAGAAGCAAAAUUAAACAGAGUGUAGAACAUCA